CAAAGAAAGAGUACAUUUUUGAUUAGAGGUUAGUUGCGUAAUGUGCUCACACCCCCAAAGAACCUAUCCUACUACUUAUUACCUCCCUUAAUUCGGGCCAAUCAGGCUCUAUUAAGUUGCAUUAAAUCAAUUAUAUUCUAGCUUAUAAACCUUUUUCCCGGGUUCUCACCUGCCACAGUUGAAUUAACCACCAUGUGCAAAGUGCCAACGAUUCUGUUCCUGAUUUCAAUCGCAGACGUUACAAGUGGUGGUUACAAUGUGACUAUGUUGAAAUCAGUCCUAGCCCGGGAACAGUGGACAAAUACUGCAAUCUUUGUGGGGCACAACACGAAAAACGAGGAUCUGAGUGGUCUGAUCAUUUGGCUGCAACAAACAAUGCGUGUAACCAGCCUGGUGACAGAUUCAACUAUCCAAUCCGAGAAGCUAAGACCUCUUGGCCAUUUCAAUUUCACUGAAAAGAAUGCCAUCAGUUUGCUCUUUUGCCAUGGAAAACAGGACGUGGUAUGGUUGACUCUGGAUAGUAGUCUUCGUAAACUACGACGCAGUCGUUUGAUCAUCUUGCUGGGCUCCCAAAGAAGUGGUUCCCAUAAGGCUAUUUACUCCGUUUUCAAAACACUAUUUCAUUAUCAGUUCCUCAAAGUUGUUGUCCUGCACAGAGAUCAAAUGUACUCCUACACUCCAUAUCCGUCGGUGCGAUUCUUUAACCAAAAUAUUAAUUCUAGUACGCUCUUUCCACCUGCAACAACGAAUUUCCGAGGAUAUGUGGUGUCCACCACAGCGGAAAAUGAUAUUCCAAGGGUGUUUCAUGUGCAAGACCCUGUCACAAAGCGCAGGAAGAUGCGGGGAUAUGCCUAUCGUGCAUUUGUGGAGUAUUUGCAUCAUCAUAACGCCUCGCUACACCUUACUUACCCCGAUGAGGAUCUUGGUCCUGCGACCAGUGUAAAUAUGAGCCGCAUUAUGCAGUUGAUAAUAGACGGAAAAUUGGAAAUCUCCCUGCAUCCUUACGAUAGCACCCUGGUCAACACCGUCAAGAGUCAUCCGCUGCUCAUAUACGAAAACUGUUUGAAUGUGCCAGUUCGCAAUGAGAUUUCCCGACACAUGUAUCUCUUGCGACCAUUCCAUUUGCACAGCUGUUGCAUUUUGUUCUUCGCAGUGAUAUACAUAAGCGGCAUACUCUAUUGGCUGAGUCCGAACGGAAGCACCUGGGCGCAACGCUUGGGUCAGAACUUUCUAGAUGCCUUUAGCAAAGUUAUUUUCAUCAGCUCACCUAUAACUACAACAAACUACAGGCCAUCAUGGCGCCACUGCAUCGUUUUUCUAAAACUGACUAUUCUGGGUUUCAUCACCACAAGUUGGUACAACAUCCAGUUGGGUGGUUUUUUUACAACCUUGGUGGUGGGAGAGCAAGUGAAUAACAUCGAUCAGCUCGUCCAGCAGCAGCAGAAGGUUCUGGUUAAGGAGUACGAAAUCAAAACGUUUCUGCGCCAUGUGGAACCGAGAUUGGUGGACAAGGUGAUGCCUCUACUGGUGGGCGUUAAUGACAGUGAGCAGGUGUCCGCCCUGCUCGGUUUUAACCGCAGCUACUCCUAUCGAUUCACCGAAGAACGCUGGCACUUUUUCGCCAUGCAACAUGCCUUCAAGCCGAUCUUUCGCUUCUCGACCGCUUGCUUGGGAUCCCCACAUAUUGGUUAUCCCAUGCGCAUCGACAGCCACUUUGAGGCGACCCUCAACAUGUUCAUAAUGAAGAUCCAGGAUGCGGGACUGCUGCAUCACUGGCUGAUCUCGGACUUCAACGAUGCAUUGGUGGCCGGAUAUGUGAGGUUUCUAGAUAAUGUUCUGGGUUUUCAAGCUAUCGAUUUGAACACCUUACGAUUGGGUUGGUGUGUUUUGGUAUUUGGGUGGAUAUUGUCUGCUUUGGUUUUCACUUGCGAACAUUUAGCUAAUAAAUGA